UGGAGUGUCUGUGGUCACUUCCUGUAGUCACACGUGUGGAACAGAGCGGAGCUGUACAGAGAUUACACCAUGAAGCCGAGGAGACAUCGGAAACAAGCGCCCAGCUUUCGCAAGCUGCUGAAGACCAGCAAACUCAAACUUGAAAAUAAGUUAAAGAACAAGCAGUAUAAACAGGAGAGCUCUGCAAAGAAACACAGGAAAGAGCAGAAGAAGCUGCGGGAGGCUGUGCGGGAUGUCAGCUCCAAAAGACCUGUACUCCUGGAUGUUGUGAAGAAGAAGCCAGCCAUUGAAGAAAAUGAGCUGGAUGAAGAGUCCCUCCCCCUGGACAUGAUAGAUGAAGAUGACCUGCAGCUUAUGCGGGAGAUGGCUCAGAGAGCUUCAUUCCUGACCAGAGACCUUUCCGACAGUCAACCAGUUCAUGCCACAAAAAGAAAAGGGGAUAAUGUGAUUGAGAAGUAUGAGAAGAUGCCCAGACGUAUGAAGACUGAACCUGAAAAAGAACUCAUUCACCUGCUGCCCAUUAAAGACAAAAGGGGCAUUAUUCCCCAAAGCAAAGAAAAGCCAGUUGUACAUUCUGAGGAGGAAGAUGAGGGCCAGGAAGCGCUAAUGGAGGUGCAAGGAAAUGAAGGUGUGCCAGAAGAACCACUUCAUUUGAUGAGUACAGAAGAGCUGAUACAGCAUAGAAGAGAAAAGCUGGAAGAGAAGAAGGUUCACAUUGCGACCUUGGCCUCCUCUAUACUUGCAGAUCCAGAGAACAGUAUUAGAAAGCUGAAGGAACUGCGUGCUAUGCUAAUGGAACAGGAUUCUACAGUAGCAGUGACUGUCCGAAAGCUGGUGUUGCUCUCAUUGAUGGAAAUAUUUAAAGAUCUUGCUCCUGCCUAUAAGAUACGUCCACUGACAGAGGAGGAAAAGACUGCAAGGGUCAAGAAGGACACCCAAAGACUCAGAGAAUUUGAAGAAGGUUUAGUAAGUCAGUACAAAUUUUAUCUGGAAAAUCUGGAGCAAACAAUAAAGGAUUGGAAACAAAUGAAAACCAAGAAGAGCGAGGUGGUGUCAUUAAAGGCGUACAGAGGACUGGCAGAGGUGGCAGUGAUGUGCUUGUGUGAGCUCAUGAUCUCCCUUUCCCACUUCAAUUUUCACAACAACAUCAUCGUCCUUGUAGUACCGCUCAUUGAUGACAAGUGUAAGAAGAUUGCCGAUGUGUGCAUUGAGGCAGUGAAAAAGCUUUUCAGACAGGAUAAAUUUGGCCAUGCUUCUUUGGCAGCAGUGAAGGUGAUUUCAGGAUUGGUGAAGAGCAAGAAUUAUGACGUGCGUCCAGAGGUGCUGAACAUCUUGCUUCAUCUAAGAAUUAAAGAGGUGGAACUGAAAAAGGAUGCAGAUGACAUUGCCCCCAAGCAGAAAUUAAUGUCCUACAAAGACAAGAGGAAGAAUUUGUCUAGAAUGCAAAGAAAGUGGAGGAAAGCUGAAGAAAAACUAGAACGAGAACUCCUUGAAGCUGAAGCCUCAGAAAGCAAAGAAAAGAAAUUAAAACUGCAUACAGAAACAUUGAACAUUGUUUUCUUAACCUACUUCAGAAUACUGAAGAGAGCACAAAAAUCUGUUCUCCUUCCUGCUGUCUUGGAAGGUCUGGCAAAGUUUGCACAUCUGAUAAAUAUAGAAUUUUUUGAUGACCUUCUGGUUGUUCUUCAUAAACUCAUUGAUUCUGGUGAUCUCAGCUACAGGGAGAGCCUACACUGUGUUCAGACGGCUUUCAAUGUCCUUUCUGGUCAAGGUGAUGUACUCAACAUUGACCCUCUGAAAUUUUACAGUCACCUGUACAAGACACUCUAUGGGCUCCAUGCAGGUUGUACAAAUGACGAUACACUCAUUGCACUCCAGUGUCUGGAACUGAUGCUGACAAAACGUAGAAAACAAGUUUCCCAUCAGAGAGCCCUGGCCUUUGUAAAAAGACUUUCUACUCUGGCGCUGCACGUACUGCCCAAUUCAUCCAUUGGCAUCCUGUCCACCAACAGAGGGCUCCUGCAAACAUUCCCAAAGACAGACAUUCUGUUAGACAAUGAAUCCCAGGGAAGUGGACUUUAUCUACCAGAGCUUGAUGAGCCAGAAUACUGCAAUGCACAGAGUUCGGCACUGUGGGAGCUGCACUGCUUACAGAGACAUUUCCAUCCUGUUGUUCGGAUAUUUGCAGCUCAUCUUUGUGCUGGGGCUCCAUCAGAAGGUUCAGCAGCUCUGGGAUCCUCCUAUAGCCGCAGGUCUGCCACAGAUUUAUUUCAUGAUUACAGUAUAAAUGGAAUGACCUUCAAUCCUCCAGUUCCGGAUUCCGUCCCCAAGAUAAAGUUCAAGGGUAAAAGUAGAACCCAUGAGCUUAAAGAGGACUUACAGGAGCUCAUUGAGAAGCAUCUCAGCAAAGCAUCUUCCGUACAGCCGAAUUUUGCAUCCGUAGUAAAAGGGCAGAGCACAUAAAUCUGAUCAGAAUGGGAAGCGGAAGGGAC